GUUCAAGCAGCCGUCGCGCUGCAAAGCGUGGAGGAAGAUGGCGGCGGUGACUGUGCGGGCGGCUGCGGCGGAGCCUUGGGCCGGGCCGUGCCCCGCGGGGCCGCAGCGGGAGUGGACGUCGGAGCCCGUCAGCACCGGCACCACCAUCAUGGCCGUGGAGUUCGACGGGGGCGUCGUCAUCGGGGCUGACUCCCGCACCACCACCGGGUCGUACGUUGCCAACCGCGUGACGGACAAGCUGACCCCCGUCCACGACCGCAUCUUCUGCUGCCGCUCGGGCUCCGCCGCCGACACGCAGGCGGUGGCCGACGCCGUGGCCUAUCAGCUGGCCUUUCACAGCGUGGAGCUGGAGGAGCCGCCCCGGGUGCGGACGGCCGCUCGUCUCUUCCAACAAACCUGUUACCGUUACCGGGAGGAGCUCAGCGCCGGCAUCAUCGUGGCUGGCUGGGACCCACGCCGGGGGGGGCAGGUCUAUGUGGUGCCAAUGGGGGGGCUCCUCCUGCGGCAGCCCUUUGCCGUGGGGGGGUCGGGCAGCUCCUACAUCUAUGGGUUCCUGGAUGCCGCCUUCCGCCCCGGGAUGAGCCGCCCCCAGUGCCAGGAGUUUGUCGCCCGUGCGCUGGCACUGGCGAUGGCGAGGGACGGCUCGAGCGGGGGGGUCAUCCGGCUGGCGGCCAUCACCCAGGCCGGGGUGGAGCGCAGGGUCCUGGCCGGCCCCGACCUGCCGGGGGGCGACGGCGGCCCCCCCGCCUGAGGGGACACCCCCAGACCUGGGGGGGACACGACGGGGACGACGACGACAGCGGGGGGACGUACGGGGCAAUAAAGGGCUCCGUGCA